GCGGCGCCUCCCUCCUGCCGCCCCGGCGCGCUCCCGCCCGGACCCGAGCCUCCGCGGACGCAGCAGCGAGGCGCCCGCCGCCGUCCGGCCAGGAGGAUGUCAGGACCCACAGGCGCUGCCAGGAUGUCCCGAGGCCCCUGCUGCGCUCUCCUCCUCUGGGGGCUCCUGGGGACCCUCCACGCCCAGCAGCAGAGCGUCAUCGCACCCGGCACCUCCGAGAGGAGCAACAGCUGCCCGGAGAAGGCCGACUGCCCGGUGCACGUGUACUUCGUCCUGGACACCUCGGAGAGCGUGACCAUGCAGUCGCCGACCGACAGCCUGCUCUACCACAUGCAGCAGUUUGUGCCGCAGUUCAUCAGCCAGCUGCAGGACGAGCUCUACCUGGACCAGGUGGCCCUGAGCUGGCGCUACGGCGGCCUGCACUUCUCCGACCAGGUGGCGGUGUUCAGCCCCACUGGCAGCGACAGGGCCUCCUUCACCAGGAACCUGCAGGGCAUCCGCUCCUUCCGCAGGGGCACCUUCACCGACUGCGCCCUGGCCAACAUGACGCGGGAGGUGCGGCAGUACGGGGCCAAGGGCACCGUCCACUUCGCCGUGGUCAUCACCGACGGCCACAUCACCGGCAGCCCCUGCGGGGGCAUCAAGCUGCAGGCCGAGCGGGCCCGCGAGGAGGGCAUCCGGCUCUUUGCCGUGGCCCCCAACGUCAACCUCAACGAGCAGGGCCUGCGGGACAUCGCCAACACGCCGCACGAUCUCUACCGCAACAACUACGCCACCAUGAAGCCCGGCUCCACCGACAUCGACCAGGACACCAUCAACCGCAUCAUCAAGGUCAUGAAACACGAGGCCUAUGGAGAGUGCUACAGGGUGAGCUGUCUGGAGAUCGCCGGCCCCCCCGGCCCCAAGGGCUACCGGGGACAGAAGGGAGCCAAGGGCAACAUGGGAGAGCCAGGAGAGCCUGGGCAGAAGGGGCGACAGGGCGACCCAGGCAUCGAGGGCCCCAUCGGAUUCCCGGGACCCAAGGGUGUUCCUGGUUUCAAAGGAGAGAAGGGUGAAUUUGGAGCCGACGGGCGGAAGGGGGGCCCCGGCCUGGCUGGCAAGAACGGGACUGACGGACAGAAGGGCAAGUUGGGGCGCAUCGGACCACCUGGCUGCAAGGGAGACCCCGGGACCCGGGGCCCGGACGGUUACCCGGGAGAAGCAGGCAGCCCGGGGGAGCAGGGAGACCAGGGUGCCAAGGGGGACACCGGCCGCCCCGGACGCAGAGGGCCCCCGGGAGAAAGCGGGGCGAAGGGCAGCAAGGGUUACCAAGGCAACAACGGAUCCCCUGGAAGUCCUGGUGUGAAGGGGGCCAAGGGCGGGCCUGGCCCUCGUGGACCCCGAGGCGAGCCCGGACGCAGAGGAGACCCCGGAGCCAAGGGCGGCCCAGGGAACGACGGGCCCAAGGGGGAGAAGGGGGACCCUGGCCCCGAGGGGCCCCGGGGCCUGGCUGGAGAGGUCGGCAGCAAAGGAGCCAAGGGAGACCGUGGCCUGCCUGGGCCCAGGGGGCCCUCAGGGGCUCUUGGGGAGCCAGGGAAUCAGGGAUCUCGGGGAGACCCUGGCGACGCUGGUCCCCGUGGGGAGUCUGGACCGCCCGGCCCCAAGGGAGACCCCGGCAGGCCCGGAUUCAGCUACCCUGGACCCCGAGGAGCACCCGGAGAAAAAGGCGAGCCUGGCCCGCGCGGCCCCGAGGGAGGCAGAGGCGACUUUGGCCUGAAAGGAGCCCCCGGGAGGAAAGGAGAGAAGGGAGAACCUGCAGAUCCUGGUCCCCAGGGUGAGCCUGGCCCACGAGGGCCAAGAGGAGUCCCAGGACCUGAGGGCGAGCCUGGUCCCCCGGGAGACCCUGGCCUCACGGAGUGUGACGUCAUGACCUACGUGAGAGAGACCUGCGGCUGCUGCGACUGUGAGAAGCGCUGCGGGGCCCUGGACGUGGUGUUCGUCAUCGACAGCUCGGAAAGCAUCGGCUACACCAACUUCACCCUGGAGAAGAACUUCGUCAUCAACGUGGUCAACCGGCUGGGUGCCAUCGCCAAGGACCCCAAGUCGGACACAGGGACGCGCGUGGGCGUGGUGCAGUACAGCCACGAGGGCACCUUCCAGGCCGUCCCGCUGGACGACGAGCGCAUCGACUCCCUGUCCAGCUUCAAGGAGGCCGUCAAGAAGCUCGAGUGGAUCGCGGGCGGCACGUGGACGCCCUCGGCCCUCAAGUUCGCCUACAACCAGCUCAUCAAGGAGAGCCGGCGCCAGAGGACGCGCGUGUUCGCGGUGGUCAUCACGGACGGGCGGCACGACCCGCGCGACGACGACCUGAACCUGCGGGCGCUGUGCGACCGCGACGUCACCGUCACAGCCAUCGGCAUCGGAGACAUGUUCCACGAGAAGCACGAGAGCGAGAACCUGUACUCCAUCGCCUGCGACAAGCCGCAGCAGGUGCGCAACAUGACGCUCUUCUCAGACCUGGUGGCCGAGCAGUUCAUCGACGACAUGGAGGACGUGCUGUGCCCGGACCCGCAGAUCGUCUGCCCCGAACUUCCCUGCCAAACAGAUGGACCGCAGACUAGCGGCACACCCCCGGUCUCCUUCCUUCGCACGGAAGAGGGGCCCGACGCCACUUUCCCCAGGACCAUUCCCCUCAUCCGGCAGUUGCUAAACAACACGGAGCUCACGCAGGACCCGGCCUCCUACUCCAAGCUGGUGGCCGUGCUGGUGUACACGGCCGAGCGGGCCAAGUUCGCCACGGGCAGGGAGCGCCAGGACUGGAUGGAGCUCUUCAUUGACACCUUUAAGCUGGUGCACAGGGACAUCGUAGGGGACGCCGAGACCGCGCUGGCUCUCUGCUGAAGCCGUGGGCACCAUGCAGGGGCAGCCAGGCCUGUGCCUCCUGCCACAACAAAGCAGCAUGGACCGGGCUUAAAACACCACAGUCAAUUCCAAGGACCUGGGGGGGGCCUUCCUGCUCCCCCUCAGCUCGUGGCCACAUUGCCCCAGCUCUGCCCCCGUCCACCUCCCUCUUAUAAGGACACUUGUAGUGGCACUUAGGGGCCUCCCAGGAAGUCCAGGAUUACCUCCCCAUCUCUAGGUCCUUAAUUUAAUCACAUCUAUAGAGACCCCCCCUUCCUCAUGAAGUAACAGUCUUGAGGUCGAGGGCGUGGACAUCUUUGGGGGCCAUUACUCGCCGACCACACUCCCAGCCUGGCAGAGCUGCCUGGCGUGGGGCGUGCAGGUGGGGGAAACGCAGCCCCUCCCCAGGCUCAGGCCGGGCCUGGGUCCGUGUGCACUCGGUCCUCAGGGCUCCCCCACCCCCACGUGGGCAGUGCAGGGCUGGGGCCUCGGGGAAGCGGCCCCCCACGGCAGGGUCCCAGCAGGCUAAUGCUGCCGGCUUCGGAGCCGGCGUCGGGUCCAUUUGGGCAAGCCCCCCCAAGGCGCCUGCUGAGCACCCCAUCCUCCGGGCAUCUGUCCCCACUGCCUGGCAUCUGUCGCUGGGAGCACGGUCGGCAAGGGCACCCCAGACGCCACCCUUGCUGCUCUCGUGCACCCAGGCCCAAGAAUAGUGGGGGGGCUCCUCCCUGCCCCCCCCCACCUGCGGGAUCCUCCCAACCAUCAGAAGCCCCCAGCUCGACCGCGGACUCUGCCGCCCAGUGCUCGCUUGUCUGUCUCCACGUCAUGCAUCGGGGAGCAGCCCCCCCAGGCAGUCACCCCAAUGGUGUUCUGUGUGCGUGGUGACAAGGGUGGAAACGCUCAUUAGUUCUGCUGGAACUUGGAGAAUCCAGUGGCACAGAGAGGACUUACAAGAAGGGUGGGCGUCUUCAGCAGGUGUGAGCUGUCCUGACUUAGGGAAGUUGCUCUGCGUUGGCACUGCCACCAAAAUAAGCUGCCGUCAUUGAUAAGCUCAUUAAAAGAACCGUUUGCCAGCAAA